GCGCAGCCAGCCUGCACGCGCAAAUUGCUGCACUAAAUUGGUCGCGGCAUCGAAUCAAUUCCUAUAAAUAUCAUUCUCUGCCACGCCUGCAAGGAGACGCCGUCUCGCGUGUGUGCCAUCUGCACCUGUGCCUCAGCAUCUGGGUGUGGCCGCCGCAUACGCGACUGCUGUGUGACAGAUAUAGUUGACCUCACAAGAUGCUGCGAGUGACGCCGCUGCUGGUGCUCGCGAGCGGCUUCGCGCCGCGGCACGCACCGUCGCCAUCGACGCGGCAUGGCGUGAGACGGCGCGUCGGCCCCGCUGCUGACGAGUGGCCCGAGCUGACGAACGUCCCGCUGCCAGCGAAACUGGCCGGCGGCCUCUUUUUGUUUGCCGCUUCGGUGCCGCGGCGGGACCGCGCGCUCGCCGACGAGCUCCUCGGGCUUGCGAAGGUCGCGUUGAACAACGACCCAGCGGUCACGUCCGAGCUCGGCUAUGGGCUCGAGCCCGGGGGCGUCUACGCGAGCGCUCGGGCCGGCGAUCGCCUCGCGCUGCAGUUCCAAAUCCAGGGCGGCAACCUCUGGGCGCAAGGUACGGCCCGCGGCGUCCAGACGGCGGAUGGUGUACAGCUCGCGGAGCUCUACGUCACAAACAUGGACGGAGCGAUGAUGGGGGACGGCGGCGCGCGGGUCCGCCUCGACGUGUGAUGUGUGUGAAUUAACAAGUGAAUUAAC